AUGCUGCUUGCCCCGCGCCGUCAACAUAGAACUGUCGCCAAGGUACCAAUCAAGGUCCUGGAUGCACCGAAUCUGGCCGAGGAUUUCUAUCUUAACUUGAUGGACUGGGGCAGCUCGGAUGUGCUGGCCGUUGGCCUUGGCGCCGGCGUCUUCAUGUACAAUGCGCAAAACGGCAAAGUAGCAAAACUGUGCACACUCGACGACGACAAGGUCACCAGCGUAUCCUGGAUCCAGAAGGGAACCCACAUUGCCGUUGGAACCAAGAAGGGGCUGGUGCAGAUAUGGGAUGCUCAAAAGUUCAAGCGACUCCGGACUAUGACGGGCCACACUGCCCGUGUCGGCUCGCUAGCCUGGAACGCCCACAUCCUUUCCACCGGUUCGCGGGACCGAUCCAUAUUACACCGCGACGUCCGGGCGCCGGACCAGUGGGUGAAGCAGCUCCUCGGACACAAGCAGGAAGUCUGCGGCCUGAAGUGGAACUGCCAGGACGGCCAACUAGCCAGCGGGUCAAACGACAACACCGUCCUCGUCUGGGACAAGGUUAUGGACCAGAAACCUCUCUGGACCUUCAAUGAGCACAUCGCUGCCGUUAAGGCGCUUGCCUGGUCGCCCCACCAGCGCGGCCUCCUCGCCUCGGGCGGCGGCACAGCCGACCGCCGCAUCAUCUUCCACGACACAGUGCGGGGGUCGGUUCGCAACGACAUCGACACGGGCAGCCAGGUCUGCAACCUCAUGUGGUCCAAGAACUCGAACGAGCUUGUCUCCACGCACGGGUACAUACAGAAUAACCUGGUCAUCUGGAAGUACCCCUCCAUGACCCGCGUUGCCAGCCUCACGGGACACACGUAUCGCGUACUGUACCUGGCCAUGUCGCCGGAUGGGACGCAGGUGGUGACCGGCGCGGGGGACGAGACGCUGAGGUUCUGGGAGGCUACCUAG